AUGCAAAAAGCUGUAGUAUGGGGCGAACGCAAGUUUUUACGAGCUGUUCGUAAUACAAAUCAAGGCUUCAGGUCGCAUACAUUUUCAAUCUCGGACAGAUCUACGUCAAACGCUUACUUUCGUGCACAAAACUUAUCUGGAAUUGUUUUAUAUCUCAUACUUGCACACGCUAUCAGCAUAUACUUAUACACAUCGUUAUGA